UGGGCCCUGCGGAGCGGGAGGGAAGGAGCGAAGGAGCGAUCCGAGCGGCCGUCGCCCGAGCCGAGCCGCGCAGCCGGUCCGCCCGCCCGCUCGCGCUUCAGUCGCCGUGUCUAGCAGCGGGGCCCAGCAUGGUCAUGGCGGAUGGCCCGAGGCACUUGCAGCGCGGGCCGGUCCGGGUGGGGUUCUACGACAUCGAGGGCACGCUGGGCAAGGGCAACUUCGCGGUGGUGAAGCUGGGGCGGCACCGGAUCACCAAGACGGAGGUGGCGAUAAAAAUAAUAGACAAGUCUCAGCUGGAUGCAGUGAACCUUGAGAAAAUCUACCGAGAAGUACAAAUAAUGAAAAUGUUAGACCACCCUCACAUCAUCAAACUUUAUCAGGUAAUGGAGACCAAGAGUAUGUUGUACCUUGUGACAGAAUAUGCCAAAAAUGGAGAAAUUUUUGACUAUCUUGCUAAUCAUGGCCGGUUAAAUGAGUCUGAAGCCAGGCGAAAAUUCUGGCAAAUUCUGUCUGCUGUUGAUUAUUGUCAUGGUCGGAAGAUUGUACACCGUGACCUCAAGGCUGAAAAUCUCCUGCUGGAUAACAACAUGAAUAUCAAAAUAGCAGAUUUCGGUUUUGGAAAUUUCUUUAAAAGUGGUGAACUGCUGGCAACAUGGUGUGGCAGCCCCCCUUAUGCAGCCCCAGAAGUCUUUGAAGGGCAGCAGUAUGAAGGACCACAGCUGGAUAUUUGGAGCAUGGGAGUUGUUUUGUACGUCCUGGUCUGUGGAGCUCUGCCUUUUGAUGGACCAACUCUUCCAAUUUUGAGGCAGAGAGUUUUGGAAGGAAGAUUCCGGAUUCCAUAUUUCAUGUCAGAAGAUUGUGAGCACCUUAUUCGAAGGAUGUUGGUCCUAGAUCCAUCCAAACGACUAACCAUAGCUCAAAUCAAGGAGCAUAAGUGGAUGCUUAUAGAAGUUCCUGUACAGAGACCUAUUCUCUAUCCACAAGAACAAGAAAAUGAGCCAUCUAUUGGGGAGUUUAAUGAACAGGUCCUUCGAUUGAUGCACAGCCUCGGAAUAGAUCAACAGAAAACUGUUGAGUCUUUGCAGAACAAGAGCUAUAACCACUUUGCUGCCAUUUAUUUCUUGUUGGUGGAGCGCCUGAAAUCACAUAGAAGCAGUUUUCCUGUGGAGCAGAGACUAGAUGGCCGACAGCGUCGGCCUAGCUCCAUUGCUGAACAAACAGUUGCCAAGGCACAAACUGUGGGACUCCCAGUGACCAUGCAUUCCCCAAACGUGAGGCUGAUGCGAUCUGCCCUCCUCCCACAGACAUCCAACGUGGAGGCCUUUUCAUUUCCAGCUUCCGGCUGUCAGGCGGAAGCUGCAUUUAUGGAAGAAGAGUGUGUCGACACCCCAAAGGUAAAUGGCUGUCUGCUUGACCCUGUGCCUCCUGUCCUGGUGAGGAAAGGAUGCCAGUCACUGCCCAGCAACAUGAUGGAGACCUCCAUUGAUGAGGGGUUGGAGACAGAAGGAGAGGCUGAGGAGGACCCCAGUCAUGCCUUUGAAGCUUUUCAGUCCACGCGCAGUGGGCAGAGACGGCACACUCUGUCAGAAGUGACCAACCAACUGGUCGUGAUGCCUGGGGCAGGUAAAAUUUUCUCCAUGAGUGACAACCCCUCCCUUGAUAGUGUGGACUCUGAGUAUGAUAUGGGGUCUGCUCAGAGAGACCUGAACUUUCUGGAGGACAACCCUUCCCUUAAGGACAUCAUGUUAGCCAAUCAACCGUCACCCCGCAUGACAUCUCCUUUCAUAAGCCUGAGGCCUACCAACCCAGCCAUGCAGGCUCUGAGUUCCCAGAAACGAGAGGCCCACAACAGAUCACCAGUGAGCUUCAGAGAGGGCCGCAGGGCAUCUGAUACCUCCCUCACCCAAGGAAUUGUAGCAUUUAGACAACAUCUUCAGAAUCUGGCUAGAACCAAAGGAAUUCUGGAGUUGAACAAAGUGCAGUUGCUUUAUGAACAGAUGGGACCAGAGGCAGACCCUAAUUUGACAUCAGCUGCCCCUCAGCUCCAAGACCUCGACAGCAGUUGCCCUCAGGAGGAAGUUUCCCAGCAGCAGGAAAGUGUCUCCACUCUGCCUACCAGUGUGCAUCCUCAACUUUCCCAGCGGCAGAGUCUAGAAACCCAGUACCUACAGCAUAGACUCCAGAAGCCUAGCCUUCUGUCAAAGGCGCAGAAUACCUGUCAGCUUUAUUGUAAAGAACCACCACGGAGCCUUGAGCAGCAGCUGCAAGAACACAGGCUCCAACAGAAGCGACUCUUUCUCCAGAAGCAGUCUCAGCUCCAGGCGUAUUUUAAUCAGAUGCAGAUAGCAGAGAGCUCCUACCCUCAGCCAAGUCAGCAGCUGCCCCUUUCCCACCAGGAGACUCCACCACCAACCCAACAGCCCCCACCCUUCAGCCUGACCCAGCCCCUGAGCCCUGUCCUGGAGCCUUCUUCUGAGCAAAUACAAUACAGCCCUUUCCUCAGCCAGUACCAGGAGAUGCAGCUGCAGCCUCUGCCCUCCACGCCUGGCCCCCGGGCUCCUCCUCCAUUGCCCACACAGCUGCAACAGCAGCAGCCACCGCCUCCACCACCUCCUCCACCACCACAACAGCCUGGAGCUGCUCCAGCCCCCUUGCAGUUCUCCUAUCAGACUUGUGAGCUGUCAAGUGCCACUUCCUCUGCGCCAGACUAUCCCACUUCCUGUCAGUAUCCCGUGGAUGGAGACCAGCAGAGUGGCCUCACAGGUCCGGACUGUCCCAGGAGCUCAGGACUGCAAGAGGCGCCCUCCAGCUAUGACCCGCUAGCCCUUCCUGAGUUACCUGGACUCUUUGAUUGUGAAAUGCUAGAUGCGGUGGAUCCACAACACAAUGGGUAUGUCCUGGUGAAUUAAUCUCAGCACAGGAAGUGAGGUGGAUCUAGUAAAGGCAGACUGUGUAUUUUUAUUUUUAUUCCAGCCUUUUAAAUUUAAAGCUUAUUUUCUUGUCCUCUUCCUAAUGGGGAAAAAUCAAGUCGCCCAACUGGAAUCA